AUUGAUUUUGUUUUAUUUUUAGUUUUAUCCACAAAAUUUUUGUAAAAUAACCUUUUAGUCGAGUUUUAUUACUAUCAAAGCUCACCUUUAAGAACUUUUAGGAAAAUUUCAGAUCCGAUGGGACUGGAUUCAAACGGAUUUUGAUCUCGCGUUUCCGACUAUUUGGAUGUUGUAGAAUCGACGCGUAGGAGUAGCUAACUCCCUCGUUACCGACGCCGGAGUUCUGGUGAUCGCGAGAGGCAGUCUCCGUACAACACGACGCACUGCGGCUUCACGCGUAUCGUCACUGCUGUGCUUCGCCGCCAUCUUGCUUUUACCAAUCGACGCACAGGAGUAGCCAACACCAUCGCUACCGACGCCGGAGUUCUGGGGAUCGCGAGAGGCAGUCUCCGUACAGCAAGACUUACUGCGGCUUCACGCGUAUCGUCACUGCUGUGCUUCGCCGCCAUCUUGCUUUUACCGUGACUUCGCUCUUUUUAAUAGACUUUUAACACCUUUUUCCACUUUGGAAUUUAUUCGAUGUGAUUUUUAGUAUGCAUAUUUUAUGUGGACAUUUUUCUCAGAACAUCAUCAUAUUUUUAGCGUGUACUGUAGGCUAGAUAGAUAGACUUUUUAGUCUGAUUUUUAACUGAUAAUAUUUAGCGCUGGCAUUCAUGUGUGUUAUCCACACAUUGCUCCGGUCCAAACGCUGAAUUAAUUAUUACUACAGAAGUAGCCAUUGUUCAUCUUGAUACCUGCCAAGAUGUCUAGGCUUGGUGUUGGAGCUAGAGAAGCUAACCUCGGAUUACAGCUUUGUCUCAACUUAUUGGUUUGCAUCACACUGACGGGAGCUGGACUUCGCCUGUCCCGAAGCCCCUUGAGGGACCAACAUUACGUUGAUUCUUCAUUUUAUCAGGAUAGCAGUGUAUACGAGCACCAACUUGCGCCCAAAUACCCGUUUCCACCAACUAAAAUGGAGAGAAGGAAUGGAGCAAGCGUACCAAAGGUGUACCAAUUGAAGAUGUGUACUGGUGAUUAUCUUCGGAUUGGGAAUGAUGGUAUCGUCUCGAGCGUCGGGAGUAGAUUCGAUCUCAACACAUAUCUGUAUUUUUAUCAGUGCCUUGGACCUUCAGCUUUUCGAAUCAAAGGGGUUAGAAGUCAACGAUUCCUCUCGAUGAAUGACGCAGCAAUGCUGAUAGGAGUACCAGAAUUCGCGAGUGAUCCUAAUUGUAGCGAUUGGAAAUCUGUUUGGUCCGAACGGCUAGCAACGUUUCCACUCCCUCCUCUUAACGGUAUUACACUAUUGACAUACCACGUGACCUCUCCCGAUGCCGGAAAACCGUGGUAUAUCGGUUUCAAUAAGAACGGUCGUCCGAUUGCCUGGAACCGACAAAAUCGUGCCACAAUGAGACAGAUUUGUUUUAUAAAAGAAGCACGAUAACGUCACCCGUCGCAUUAGCUAGCCCAUCUUCAAUCGACAUUGGACCAGGUGAUAGAUUUCAGAAGAAACUAUAAUGACCAACUGGAUAUUUAUUUUUGUAUUGAAUUAAUACAAAAUAUACGGGAAAUGUAUGAAUUGUGAUAGUCACAUUUGACCGUAAUACUUGUUAAUAUUCUAAAUGAGCUGGCAUUUUUUUAAUCUAACUUGCAUCAAAGAGAGAAUGCUCUUAGGGUAGGUAUAUGGAUUGGAAUAUUUCAAAUGUGCGACAGCCCUUUGGAUGGCUAUCAUAUUUUGUAAAGGAAAGUGUGAUAAGUCCCGAUAAUUAUGAUAUUUGUAAUACGUGUUAGUGCCGUUUAUAUUUGCUUCCCUUUGGAAGGGCUUAAUAAGCUCAAUAUUUUCUGCUACUAGUCAAACAACAAAAAAUGGCAAUCCUAUUUCUAAAAACUGGAAUAACAUUUCGUCUGAUGUCAGAUGUACAAAUACUUAACUGUAGUUUUGCAGUCAAUUUCCUGGUUGAGUCUGUCAAAUCUGAACCUAAUUGAAACUAGUAAAUCAGAAAUAUUGCAAUAUCUUGUUUUAUUUUCAAUUUAUAUAUUGAUUUAGAUAACUAAUGUUGUUUCGUGUUUCUUAGAUGAUCUAAUUACGCUUAUGUGAUUAUUGUAAUCAUCACAAGAAUAUAUAGAGGUAUAUGCGAGGGUUCUAGGACAUCUACCCCUGGACAUCCACCCCGGAUAACCACCCCCAGUCAACUACCCACUAGAACAACUACCCCCUAGGCAAACCUCCGUCUAGGACGACUACCACCCGGGACAACUACCCCCGGACAACUACCCCCCAGACAACUACCCCCUAGAACAACUCCCCCUAG